AUGGAACAGCAGUUAUUUAUUAAGCUUUCCCAGCCACCAGUCAUUAUCUGCCGGUCCUGCCGCCAUGGGGUGUGGCUAGCUGAGGUAGAAAGCCAUCUCCGGGGGAAGGCCCAUCGAUUACCCCAGGCCACUGCAAAGCAGAUCCAUCAGGACGUCCAGAGCUGGGAGGGUGUGGAGCAUGACCCCCAUGCUGUGCAAUGGCCUAGUCGGAUUACCCAGUCAAUCCCCCACCUGGAUGAAUACCCUGAUGGGUUACUGUGCCAGCGCGACCAGGCCAGAUGCCAAUUCAUCACUCGUUCACUUGACACGUUAAAACGACAUUGGCGUGAGCACCAUGGAUGGACCGCACCAUAUCAUGGAGGUCGAUCACGCCUGCAAGAGCAGGAACAGGCGCAGAUCACCAUCCAGCAGGGAUAUCAGGUGGUGACCUGCCAGCGGUUUUUCCCAUCCCGAAAAGGGUCCCAUUAUAUCUGGGUGCCAUGCCCCAACCAGCAGCCUGAGGAGCAAGCCCGGACCGCACCCACUGCCCACAUCCAGGCCACCGUUGAUGCCGUGAUCCAGGCAUGGGAGCAGGUCCAGGCCCAGGCCAAGGCCGAUCAGGCCAUCCAAGCCAGCCAGUUGACUGACGCGAACCCCUGGCUGCGGAUGACUCGGUGGGCUGACUACCUGCAGGGCAUCCAGGCACGUGACCUGCUUGCUAGCAUGGCAGCCCCGGAGGAAGACCCCAUGGAUGCCACUGAGCAGGGGGUGCAGGUGAUCUGGGAUACUAUGGAGCAGGUGGCCCGCAAGAGCCAGCGGACGGUCCAGCAUUGCGGCCAGGCCAUCCGGGUGGAAGCCGUCCGGUCUGAAAAGGGGCAGACCCCGCACCGGCCACUGCUGGCAUAUAUAGAUGAGGCCGUGAUCAAGAAGCAUGUGCAGCCAUGGCAGCAGAUAUUAGCAUUUAUUGCCCGGACCCAGGCCCCGCAUGACUGGGCCAGCCCCCGAUAUGGGAUGACCGCACGGCAGCGCCAGAAAUGGCGGCAGCUAUGGCAGCUCGCUAGCCAGGCCCCAGGCAGCCAGGGCAGCCAGGCCGCAGUGCCAGGGGACCUAGAGGCAUGGGCCAUGACUGCUAUAGAAAAAGCAUGCUUAGAAUUUUGCAUUGAGCUGCUCAACCAGCGCCAUCGCAGCCAUGAAUAUGAGAGUGCAUUAGUAUGCGCCAUGGCUGUGCUGGGCCAGGGUGAGGCCGGCUGGCGCGACCCCGAGAGCUACCCCCCGAUAUUAUCCCGCGUGAUCAAGGUGGCCCGAUUCAUGGUGGUGCAGAAGGCAUUAUGGAUGGACCCCAAUCCAUGGCAGAUCAUUCAGACCUGGGCGCGGAAGGACCAGAGCGCAGAAUGGGUGCUGGCCAGCGCGGAUGAUCAACUCGGGGAGAUUGAUGAGGGAUAUGGCAGCGAUGACCCCCCAUCCACCCCAGGGGCCCCAUCAUCGCCCCCGUCAUCCAUCCAUAGUGAUGACCCAUUGCCCGCGGUCCACAUUCGCCCGAGCCGCCGGCCAUUCCAGGAGCAGGUGACAUGGAUGAUGCACCAGUUUAUGAUCCGUGGGACCCACGGCCCCAUGGAGACAUUGUUGGACUGGCGCACAUAUGGAUUAAAG